GUCUUUGGCUAAUACUUGUUAAUUGAAAUGUUGUCUUUUGUGUUUUCCAGAGUCUAUAAUCCCCCUGGUCACUGGUGGAGUGUGUGUGUUGUCGCUGUGUGUGUUUGCCGCCGUGCUGAUCAAGUGCUUCGCUAUCGACCUCGCUCUCUUUUUCAGACCAUUCCUCCCAAAAAGCAGUUACAAGAAAGAUUCGAGGGUGUACGAUGCCUACGUUGUGUACCAAACGCAGAGCAUGGACAAGGUCACUGAAGACUCCCUCUCUCAGUUCAUCACAAACACUUUGCCCUCCGUCCUCGAGGAAAAGUGCGGGUAUCGACUGUUCAUCCACGGGAGGGACAGCAUACCCGGGGAAGACCGCCUGGAGCUGGUGGAGGACCGCAUGCAGCAGAGCAGGAGGCUGAUGGUCCUCCUCACCCCGGGGUCAGGGCCAGAGAGCACGGAGGAGACUCUCACCUCGACUCGGGACUCACUGAUAGGAGGAUUUGACUGGCAG